UGUGCACACAGCUAUCACGUAGGAGUGGCUAGCAUCGGUUGCCAUGGUCGACAUGUCUCCUUAGCGACGUCGGUUUAAGUCCAUCGAACUUCAGAGUUCUUUCAUUACGAGCAGAUUAUCAUGGCAGAGACCGCUAACAACAAGAAAGAUGAGGCAGACUUCAAGAGACUGCACAGCUUCCCUCUCAUACGGCAUACAGACAUGUCUGAAGAGAUGAGAGUAGAGACCAUGGAGCUCUGUGUUACUGCCUGUGAGAAGUUUGCCUCUAACAAUGAGAGUGCUGCUAAAAUGAUAAAGGAGUUGAUGGAUAAGAGGUUUGGAAGCUCUUGGCAUGUUGUGAUCGGAGAGGGCUUUGGUUUCGAGGUUACCCACGAAGUGAAGAACCUGCUUUACAUGUUCUUCGGAGGAAGUUUAGCGGUCUGCGUGUGGAAGUGUUCAUAGCCCACAGCUACCCACAAAUACACAAAGACCGUCUGGCACGCACACAUACUGUUACAGAGCAAAAACAACUUGCAAAUUCAAAUCUCAUGGUUGCCAUGUGCUUUCUGGCAUCAUAUCCAUUCAUAAUGGUGCUGCACAUUUGUUUGUCUGUAAAUUCAAUGCUGAACGGGGUUUAUCAUUUCUUACAGUUUAUUUUGAAAGUGGCAUUUCAUGUUUUCCUCUCCCUUUAACAGUUCUCUCAAAGCUGCCGUGCCAUCUGUGUAAUUUAUUGUCCUUCUUUCUCCAUCUGCCUAUUUCUCACCACAUCUCUGUCUUUAUCUGUCCUUUCUUUCCCUAUCUCCUCUUUGAAUAAUUUGUUUUCUGAUUGAUAAUGUAUUUUUAUAAGACAAAUUGCUAUUUUUUAAUUAAAAUGUGAAUACAUGCAAUCUGUUUUUUAAACCUUCAGAUAUUUAUAGACUGUGGUUGUACAUUUUAUACAGCUGUAAUGUUAUUUGUAUUUGAUUGAAAUUACUAUUACGACAUUGUCUUGUGUAAUAAAACCCUGU